AGAGCUGGGAGGAGUGAGACAGAGAGAGGGGGGGAUACAGAAGGAGUAAAGAAGAGAGAGAGAGAGACUUCUGUGUUGCACCAUAGAAGGCCGUUUUCUGUGGAUUAUAACUUUCACUCACUCCAACUGUUAGGGGAACCCCGCUUGUUUCCAUGACGAUGGCCCCGACUACGGACAGGUGUUAAUUAGGUCGCCUUCCCGGUAACCAAGGAAAUUAGAAAAAGUCGCCGCCAUGCCGACCAGGAUAUCGCCGUUAGAUCCCGCCCCAGGGGGGACUCCGCCCACCGUCCGAGUGGCUCCGCCCAUUACUGCCCUGCAGGAGAUUAGCGAGGGGCCAAGGGAGCACAGGUCACAGAGGGGGGGAGGAGCUGGUGUCCUCUUCAACAUCAACAACAGCAACAACAACGAAGAAGAGGAGGAGGAGGAGGAGAAAAGGAAGAAAAGAGAAGAAAGGAAGGAAAAGAAAGAAGGAAAAGAGAAGAGAAAGAAAGAAAGACAAGAGAAAAGGGAGAGGAAAGAGAAGCGACAGAAAGAGAAGGAAGAGAAGGAAAAGGAGAAAGAAAAAAAGAAGGAACAGGAGAAAGAGAAAGAAAAGGAGAAGGAAGCCCCUAAGGAGAUUAAAGUCAUUGAUCCAGCUGGUAAUACCUACUACCACUGGCUCGCUAUCAUCACAUUGCCUGUUAUGUACAACUGGACGCUGAUCAUAGCAAGGGCAUCUUUUGAAGAGUUACAGACGGACUACCUUAUGCUCUGGAUCUUUCUGGACUACUCAUCUGACCUUAUCUACAUUGCUGACAUGUUCUUCAGAACACGAACAGGCUUCCUGGAGCAGGGUCUGCUGGUGAAGGAUGAGAAGAAGCUACGGGACCGCUACAUCAACAGCCUCCAGUUCAAGCUGGACCUGGCCACCAUCGUCCCCACCGAUGUCUUCUACGCCUACUUCGGCAUCAACUACCCUGAGAUACGCCUCAACAGGCUGCUCCGGUUCAACCGGAUGCUGGAGUUCUUCCAGAGAACCGAGACGAGAACCAACUUCCCCAACCUGCUGCGGAUCUCCAACCUGGUCAUGUACAUCGUUAUCAUCAUCCACUGGAACGCCUGCCUCUACUACUCUGUCUCCAAGGCCAUUGGCUUUGGUUCUGACAGGUUUGUGUAUCCGGAUCCAAUUAACCCAGAGUUUGGCCGGCUGGUCAGGAAGUACGCCUACAGUAUGUACUGGUCCACCCUGACACUCACCACCAUCGGUGAAACACCGCCCCCUGUCGAGAACUCUGAAUACUUCUUUGUGGUCACAGACUUCCUGGUGGGAGUGUUGAUCUUCGCUACCAUCGUUGGUAACGUCGGCUCCAUGAUCACCAACAUGAACGCUGCGAGGGCCAACUUCCAGGCCCGCAUUGACGCCAUAAAACAGUACAUGACCUUCAGAAAGGUGACGGUAGACCUUGAGAAGCGUGUGAUCAAGUGGUUUGACUACCUGUGGACCAAUAAGAAAGCUGUGGACGAGAGGGAGGUCUUGAAGUUCCUCCCAGACAAACUCAGAGCUGAGAUAGCUAUCAAUGUUCACCUGGACACACUCAAAAAGGUGAAGAUCUUUGCCGACUGUGAGGCCGGUCUUCUGGUGGAGCUGGUGCUGAAGCUGCAGCCCCAGGUGUACAGCCCCGGGGACUACAUCUGUAAGAAGGGCGACAUCGGCAGGGAGAUGUACAUCAUCAAGGAGGGGAAACUGGCCGUGGUCGCGGACGACGGCAUCAAACAGUUUGUCGUCCUCAGUGACGGCAGCUACUUUGGAGAGAUCAGUAUUCUGGCCAUCAAAGGGAGUAAGGCGGGGAACAGGCGUACGGCCAACAUCAGGAGCAUCGGCUACUCGGACCUCUUCUGCCUGUCCAAGGACGACCUGAUGGAGGCCCUGACGGAGUACCCCGACGCCAAGGCCAUGCUUGAGGAGAAGGGACGGCAGAUCCUGAUGAAGGACAACCUACUGGACCUGGAGGUGGCAGCCCAGGGCCCGGACCCCAAAGAGAUGGAGGACAAGGUGGACCGCAUGACCACGAACCUGGACGCGCUGCAGACCCGCUACGCUAAGCUGCUGGCGGAGCACGAGGCAGGCCAGGGCAAGCUGAAGCACCGACUCACACGGCUGGAGAAGAAGAUGGUCCCGCCCACACUACCCGUGGGCCCCCCCCCACCAUCGUCUUAGACAGGGAGGGAGACCCAGUGGGUGUGGCAGACCUAGGGAGAGAGGGGGAGUGGAAGGAGAGACCGGGAGGGAGGGACAAUGCAGUUUUAGUAGUGGGUGGAGCGAGCCUGGAGGUGUGGAAGAGAGGAGGAGGAGGAGGAAGGAAGAAGAGGAGGUCAUUCAAAAAGAGGAUGGUUAUUUAUUUUGUUUUCAUCAGAAUGAAUGAACUACUGUUUUGACGUUGUGAGGUAUUGUUGCAUUAAAAUUCCUUUGUUUAAUUAAUGGAUGUUAAAAUGUAAUCCUAGAAUUAUAGGGGAUCAAUUUUGACCCUGAAAAAUACACAGAGGAACAGACUGAGGUUUCAUCCAGGUGCGAUUGAAAACUCGGAGAACAGAUAACGUAUCCGAUCAUCAAUUUGAGCUGAGAAACUAAACUUUGUAACACAAAACAUUUUACAUUUUGGUGGUACAUCUAUAGUCUGUGCUACCCUGAGAUUCCAUUGUUGCUUGAGUUUAGCGGUUUUGCUUUAUAGACAAACAAUCCUUCGCCAUAAACAUUCACUUCAUUUAGUUCCUUACAUUUUUUUCUAUUUUAAUGAAUAAAAAGAAUCAUGUGUAUUCAUACAGAAUCAAAAGAUGCUUCAACAAAAAAGGUUACACUCAUAGA